CACUUUCCCUGCAGCAGCCUCUUCACAGUCUCCAUGUUUUACAGUGACGCCAGGCUGCACGCCAUUUUUUAAAGAGGACGGGUCAAACAUGUGUGUCCAGGCUUAAAUAUUAAACUUUUCCCAGUGACGUUUCACAGCUGAACGCUGAGAUUUUUCAGUUUCUGCAACUUUUAAUCAUUUCGCUCUGAGUCUUGAGUAAAGAUGUUGGGACCACUGUUAAUCCUGCUCUGUUUGUCGUCUGUGUUAUCAGAGCCGCCUUGUAAACCAGAUGCUUCGGUUGGAUACCAAGUCCGACUCAGCAUCAAAACUGCUCUGGGAGAUGAAGCUUACCUGUGGGAUGAUAGUGAAAUGUUUCUCUUCCGAGCCACUGUGGCGUACGCCAUGAGGAGGUACUUCCUAGGACAGGAGUUCAGUGUUUCCAACAUCAUCGUGUGUCAAAAGACGCCCAGAGUGUCCUUCUGGUUUGUGGUGACGUCGCCGCUCAACACGACGAGCCUCGUUGGUAAAUGGCACGUAAAGGAGGCUGUCAGAAGGUCCAGGAAUCGCAUCAACAGCGCCUUUCUGUUGACUGCUGAGACUCUGGAGUUUAUAGGAAUCCCCCCCACCCUGGCAGCACCCAUCACGUUCGACACCCCUCCAUGGCUCAUCGUGUUCGGGGUGGUCAUGGGUGCUGUGAUUGCUGGCCUCAUCAUUCUCAUCGGGUCCUCUGUGCUCCGUAAGACACGUCAGAAGAACCAGAAAACCACAGAAGACGAUGAGGAAGAGAGCAGAGCCAGGACGGUGGAAGAUGGAGCUGUGAACGAGGGUGUUUACAACAUGUCGUUCUCAGACGAUGAGCGAUUCACACGGAUUUAAAAAAAGCUCUAAAAGCACUUCCAAUGUCAGAGAUGAGAUGGUGUAUAGGUUUUUAAGCUGCUCCAGGUAGAAUUGUUGCACUGUAAAACAAAUCAGUUUAAAAUCAGGUUGUCCUAGAACGGUUUAUCCAGUUUGAUGAUUCUGUAGAGCUCCUGUGUCUUUACCUUUCUGUCUCUAAAAGAAACAAGCACAUAUGUUAAACUGAUGAUGAUGGAUUUUUGCACAUGAAUGUAUUUAAUGUAGCUUUAGAGGAUGAUGAAUUAAAGAUCGCUGGAAGAAAA